CAAACCGGCGACAAUGGCUGACGCCGACCUCUUUGCCUAUGUCCAAGGGAUCAUGCUUCCGCACUGCUUCAAUCACAAGAGCCGAAAUACGGACGCGCGAAUGACCAUCUGCGGUAUCGAUGUCGACUGGCCGCUUUCGCCCGAGCACGCGGCGGCCUUGCUGACAAGUCCGGACCAGCUACGUGUGCUGCCGCCAGCAGCCGUCACGUCCUGCGCCCAUCUCAAUAACGAGGAGUCGUGGAGUCAGGUUCUAGACCGACUGAAGCUGACUGACUAUCGCCCCUACGACGUCGAGCUUGCGCAUGUGGCUCUCGACGGCGUUGGGUCGGCGUCCGUACUUCGGGCGUUGCACGGCCCAGCACAUACGUUUGCGACGCUGCUGUACUUUUGCCCGUCCGACUGCGUGGGCGGCGCCGUCACCAUCACGUUCGACGACCGCACGACAACGUUCGACGCGCUCGACGGGCAGUAUGUGGUCUACCUGAACACAUGCACUGUCGCCGUCGCCCCCAUUGUCUCUGGCACCCGCGGCGUUCUUGUGCACCAUGUCGCGUACCACGCGUGGACGCACAAGGUUGCCAUGGUGUGGGCACCGCCGCCGCUGCCGUCGCACGUCCAGAUCGACCAAGCGAUUGCGAAUCAAGCCGAGGAAGAGUACUGCGCGAUGCAGGUCAUCCUGGAGACCCCGAGCGCAUCGCCACAUUUCGCCUCGCUCGGCGGCCGUGACAAGGCAGUCGUCGACUGGCUUUUAGACGCUGGCUGCUUUGACAUGGCGUUCAUGCGCGUCGGCGAGUACCACACGUACGUCUGGGGGAACGGCGCUGACGAGCCGACUUACCCGAUCGCGCUCCUCGACGAGACGUUUCAUCCGCAAUGCGCGACGCCGGCGCUCGUGCAGGAAACCUGUCGGUGGCGCUCGAUCGCAACGUUUCUCUACGGCGACGUGAAUGCCUUCCACGAGAUGGACGCGUCCCUCGCCUGCCUCGUCUUUUGGCCCAAGGCCAACCGGUUGACACUGCUCGGUCUGCCGCGGACCAUCGCGCUACUGCGAUCGAUCUUGAGUGGUAGCCCCCAAGACGACGACAACCUCGGGUUCGAAUCGCGCUCGGCGCUCUUUGCAGCUGCGACGCGCCUCUUCAUCUCCGACGAACCGGGUCCGAAGCAAGAUGAGCGCACGACAGAAAUGCUUUUGGAGAUCGCGCGUCUCCUCUACGACUAUGGUGACGUGACGCUGCUCGGUCAGUUCCUUUCCGAGCGCCAGUGGGAUACGCAGUACGAGGUGGCAGCGCUCGUGGCGAUGGCCGUCCACCGAUUUGGCCGCGCGGCCAUGGACGCACCGAUGCGCAACCUGCAUACGCUGACGUCCGCGCGAUUCCGCUACCACGUCCUUUGCCAUUUGACCACAUUCCUGGAUGCGCAGCUGGACGCUUGGUGCUACGACCUUGCGCGCGGCUGGUGGUCAAACGCGCGCGACGCGGUGGCUUACAGAUACAUGCCACCGACGGAAGAAAAGCUUGUCGGCGCGCUCGAGCUCCAAGCAUGGAUGUGCAAGCAUGCUGUCACGCCGACCACUCGCGCCCUCUUGAGGAUGCGACUGCCAUGCGAUCUCACCGAUAGCAUCUGUGCAUUCCUUCUCGACGUGCCACCGCUCCUGGAUAUUCUCAUCCAGCAUCCCAAGGGGGUCCGGGCGCUGCCUGCCGCCUUGUGGGCGGUUGCGCUGCCACCCGCUUUGCACAGCGCCUACGUGGCCCUCGCGAUUCGUCGGUGCUGUGACGGCGACGCCAAGAACGACGCGGGGUUGGCCCACCUGCUGCUGCUCACCGCGGGCUCGAAAGCUUGCCAAGGCGUCGAGGCGGUCGCGACGCAUCGGCGCACAAGCCCCCGAUUCCAGCACGCGCUGCAGGCGCUGCAAGCAGCGGCGACGUCCUCUGCAGCGCAAACGGCCGUUCUCCGCCAAUUCCUAACUCGCUAGUUUCGUGUCUGAGUUAAAAAGGACACUUUUUGUAUAGUUGAGAGAACAUAAGUUUGAAAAAGUACAUUUUUGUGCAAUUAUGGA